AUGUCUGCCCACCCCGAGAACACCCACGUCACCCACACCUUCGCCGCCCUGGCCAAGUCCGACGCCCAGUUGGCUGCCCUCGCCGACCACCACUACUCCAAGGCCGUCAGCGCUGAGCGCGUCGAGGCUGCCAAGGCCGGUCUUGAGAAGGCUGGCUUCAAGGUCCACGUUGUCGAGAACCGCGGCGAGGCUUUCAACACCAUCAAGAACUUGAUCCCCGCUGGUGCCUCCGUCAACAACGCUCACUCCACCUCGCUCGAGGAGAUCGGCUUUGUCACCUACCUCAAGGGAGAGACUGCCUGGAACAACGUCCACGCCACCAUCCUCGCCGAGUCCGACCCCGCCAAGCAGGCCGAGCUCCGCCGCACCGUCGGAUCCACUGUCGACUACUACUUGACUUCCGUCGCUGCCGUUUCCGAGGACGGUAAGCUCGCCCACGGCGAUCUCUCCGGCUCCAAGGUCGGCGGUGUCUCCUUCGGCGCUGCCAACGUCAUUGUCCUUGCUGGUGCCAACAAGAUCGUCAAGGAUGAGAAGGAGGCCUUUACCCGCACCACCGAGUUUGCCCUUGCUGCCGAGUCUGCUCGUGCCCGUGAUGCCUACGGCGUCCCCGCCUCCGCCCUUAUUCACUACGAAGUGAUUAGAGCUGCCAACCCAUUCAACCCCGGCCGCAUCCAGGUCGUUCUCGUCAAGGAGGCCCUUGGAUUCUAA